GGAGAACCUGGAGCUUGUGGCCGGCGAAGGGCCCCAACAGGGAGCGGACUCGGUCCAGCGUUCCCGCCCUGGCGGACCUCCGCAAGCAGCCGGGGUCAGGCUCGGGCUGGGCUCAGCAGGCUCCCGGGAAGCCAUGAACCCCUCCUGGCGCGCCGCGGACAGUGGGGCCGCUGCCCGGCGGCUGCUCCUCGGGGCUGCGACGGCAGCAAAGGGGCUUCGGGAAGAUCUGAGGGGCGUGGCCGCUCGACCUUGGAAGGGCCUGUCCCGGACCCCGAAGCAGGAAGGACCUCGAGAGGAGGAGGUGGAGGCUGCAGGACACGAGUUUCUACUGCCAAAAGAGAGAAACUUUCAGAAUGCUGCUAAAAGCAAUAAUUUGGAUCUUAUGGAAAAGCUGUUUGAAAAGAAGGUUAACAUUAAUGCUGUGAACAAUAUGAACCGCACAGCCUUGCAUUUUGCAGUGGGGGCAAAUCAUUUAUCUGCGGUGGAUUUCUUACUGAAUCACAAGGCCAGGGUUGACAUUGCUGAUAAGCACGGCUUGACUGUAAUUCACCUUGCAGCCUGGACUGGAAGCUUUGAGAUCAUGCUCAUGCUGGUUAGAGCUGGAGCAGACCAGAGAGCCAAGAACCAGGAUGGAAUGAAUGCCCUUCACUUUGCAGCUCAGAGUAAUAAUGUGCACAUUGUGGAGUACCUUAUUCAAGACCUGCACCUGAAGGACCUGAACCAACCUGAUGAGAGAGGAAGGAAACCAUUUCUUUUGGCAGCCGAGAGAGGCCACGUUGAAAUGAUAGAAAAACUCAUCUUUCUCAAUCUGCAUACUUUGGAAAAGGACAAGGAAGGAAACACGGCCUUGCACCUGGCUGCAAUGCAUGGCCACAGUCCUGCAGUUCAGGUGCUGCUAACUCAGUGGCAGGAAGUCAAUGAGACCAAUGAGAAUGGAGAAACACCAUUCUUUUUGGCAGUUGAAGGAGGUCAUGAAGAAUGCAGCAAAGUGCUACUGGCAGCAGGAAGUGAUAUCAACAUUCCAAAUAAACUCAAUGUCAGUGUUUUGCAGACUGCAACCCGGAAUGGCCACACAUCCCUUGUCAACUUUCUUCUCAGUGAGAACAUCGAUCUGCACCAGAGGAUGGAACCUAAGGAGUCCCCUCUUCAUUUAGCAGUUAUCAACAACCAUGUCACAGUGGUAAACAGCUUAUUAAGUGCACAGCAUGAUAUUGACAUCUUAAAUCAGAGACAGCAAACCCCUCUGCAUGUAGCAGCUGAUCUUGGAAAUGUGGAACUGGUGGAAACCCUGCUGAAGGCUGGCUGUGACUUAAAGGUUGUUGAUAAGCAAGGAAAGACUGCGUUGGCUGUGGCAUCUAGGAGCAACCACAGCCUUGUUGUGGACAUGCUUAUUAAAGCAGAGAGAUACUAUGCCUGGAGAGAGGAGCAAACUGAGAGCAUCAGGGAGCCACGAGCAGGCUUUACUCUGACAUUCAAGCAAGACCACAGUCUGGAGACGAGGCACAUUCGCACAGUCCUCUGGAACCUGGCUUACCGUCAGCUGAAAACCAAUGAGUGGCAGAGGCUAGCUCACUUCUGGAACUUUACAGAUGACCAGAUCAGAGCCAUAGAGGAACAGUGGUCAGGAAACGAAAGCUUCCGUGAGCAUGGCCACAGGGCUCUGCUCAUCUGGUUGCAUGGGGUCCUGAUGACACAGCUCGAUCCUGCCAAGCACCUGUAUGAAGAGCUGGUACGUGCCGGUUUCCCAGAACUAGCUGAAAAGAUUCGUCAAUUCAAAAGCAAAACUGACUCAAGCUCCAAGAAGUGUACAGUUUCAUAAAAGCCUAAAGAAAUUUUUUUAAGGGGACUUCUCCCUCGGCAUUUGGUUCUUUUAAAUGCAGUUUCUUAUUUCUUCCAGCAGUUUGAUUUUCGUCUUAACUAUGAAGAUGGUGGUGACAGGAUCUGCUAGCAAAUGGGAAAAGAGUAAUACUGUUAGACUUUCGUACCAUGGAGAGGUUACUUAUUCUUUUUGGCUUUUGCUUAAAGCAAGUUGUGUCUUUCCCACUUUUGUCAUUUGAUUCAACACCUGUAAUGGCAUGAUCUAGAAGAGUAUUUUUGUACCUCAUGUUUUAAAAAGUCUGAUAGUGAGAGCAGCAUGGUGACUUAUGGAAAAACCAAAGGUUUUAGAAUAGAGAUAGUUUUGAAAUGGGUUUUGCCACUUAUUAGCUGUGAGCCUUGGACAUGUUAAUAUUAUUUAAGUUCUCAGAUCUUCACUUUCCAUUUCUAUAAAGUGGGAAAUGUCUAUUCCAUAGGUUUGGGGAGAAGAAGACAGAAUCCUGUGAAAUGCUGGACCAUCUGACCAUUGCAUAGAAAUCAUGAACUGUUACUUCUCUUCAGUAAGGGUUUGGAAAUAUGGUGGCAUUAAAUCACACAUACAUGAAAUAGAUUUCUUAGAAAACACCAGAAAUAUAUACACAAAUAUAGUUUUUCAUUUCUUUUUUUUUUUUUUUUUUUUUAAAUAUUUAUUUAUUUAUUUUAGUUUUUGGCGGACACAACAUCUUUGUUUGUAUGUGGCGCUGAGGAUCGAACCCGGGCCGCAGGCACACCAGGCGAGCACGCUACCGCUUGAGCCACAUCCCCAGCCCCAGUUUUUCA